AUGGGAACCGGUAUUUCCCGUCGCCGUACCACAACCUCAUCGAGUGGUGGUGCCGACUGGCGUAAUUUGAGCGUGCUCACGAACGAUGAUGGUACCACUUGCAAGGCCAAAAUUAGCGACAAGGAAACGACAAAACAAGAACAUGUUGCCAGUCUUAUUGGACUUUGGCGUAGCACUGCUCGCAAAGCUGUUAAAAUUAUGCAAGAUCCUUGGUUUCAUUUUUUCAUUUGCGAGAUUCCAAUAAUGAGAGCUCGUCGUUAUCGCUAUUCAUCAAUUAGACAGUCUUGGACUGAAGACAUUGUUGAGGUACGCCUUCUUCAAGAACCCUUUGCACGCGGUGCUCUUAGAGAAUGCUACAGGCUGAAGAAACUUCCAUCCAGUAGUUGUGUUCGCGAUUGGAAGUAUGCUCAUAACUACGUUGCAAAGAGGUAUAUGCAGGAAGUGGGUCGCUCUGUGUUUUUUGAGGAUGUUAGACUGCAAAUGGAUGCAAAACUAUGGGCUGAGGAAUAUAACCGUUAUAACCCACCCAAAAAGAUCGAUAUUGUUCAGGUGUGCGUCCUCGAAAUCAUUGACUUGCCAUCCCAACCACUAUUUCAUCUUGAACAUUUCAUUGAAGGUGACUACAUCAAGUACAACUCUAAUUCUGGUUUUGUUUCUGAAGUCGCUCGUAAAACGCCACAGGCGUUUUCCCACUUUACAUUCGAGCGAUCAGGCCAUCAGAUGAUGGUGGUAGACAUUCAAGGAGUUGGAGAUCUUUACACGGAUCCUCAAAUACACACAGUGAUUGGAACGGACUAUGGUGAUGGGAAUUUGGGUACGCGUGGGAUGGCUUUGUUCUUUCACUCUCACUUGUGCAAUGACAUUUGCCAUUCACUUUGCUUAACUGAAUUUGAUCUGUCCGAUUCGGAACGUUCAGCGCUCAGUAGUUGUUCACCACCAAGUCUUCUGAACCAGUCAACAGUAUUAACUCGACCAGGAAGUGCUUGUUCAGCAGUUGUUCCUGAGUUUACUCAAGAAAAUGCAAUGAAAUCCCUCCGGCUACGCACAAUUUCUAUUCGAAGUCGUACAUCAUCUACAGGUGAUUCUAAAGUGGAGUCAUUUCCAGGUAGUGGUGAACUGCACAACGAUGACUGUCUCUGUGACGACUGCUUCACUCAUAACCCUACUAAUAUUGAAGUUGAACCUUUCGUUGAUUACGCUGACGACAUUAAUAAAGAAUGUGAAGAUCUUGAGCAUAGUCACCCUCGAAAGGUCGGUUUCCAUACACUCAGCGUGGAGCGUCGUGAGCGUUCGAGUAGUGUCGCAAGCUCACUUGGUUCUGGUUCACUUGGUAGCUCUUCGAGAUUUACCCGUGAUACAGAGAUGGACGAAUAUUGGUCAGUAACUCGAAAGAAAUCUAUACCCGCUGGCGUUGUGCCGGCUAUGGAGUUGCUGGACCAUAAUGCCGAACCGACGAGAAUUACCCAGUGUACUUCUAUUCUAGGCCAAAUUCACUUAGAUCUAGCGCGUUACCAUGAGCUGGGUAGGUUUUUAUUAGAAGAGGAUAACGAAGACAAACGAAUUGCGCUUGGAACCGACUUGUGCGCUGAUACGAGAACUACGUGUUCUACUGUCAGAUAUGAUAAAGAGUCUGCUCUUUUCCAUCUCGAUAUAGCGAGACGAUGUGGAGUCGUAGAAGCAAUAGUCACUGUUGCUCAGAUGGCCUUUAAACUCUCCCACGACCUCUUGAAAGAUGUUGGUGAAAACGAAGUUUGGCCAAGGGGCGAAGAUAGCGCUAAUGGAGAACAUCGCGAUCAGGAAAAGUUUGCUUUUGAACUUAUGGAAACCGCUGCAGAAAUGGGGAACCAAAGUGCAAUGUUAUUCGUGGCAGAGGCUUAUGAAACUGGACGAAAAAUGGGGCGCGAUGCACAGCCCAGCUAUCCAGAAGCCAUAAAAUGGUACGAAAAACUAGUUGGCUUUAAUGAUGGUGAUGGAACGGGAAUUGUGCUUCCGCGAUACAAAGUGUUAGCAAAGAUAGCCCAAAUGUAUCAAGAAGGUGGGUGUGGAUUAACGCAAGACUUCGAGCGUGCUUUCAACCUCUAUACAGAAGCUGCUGAGGUCGCAGUUGAAGCAAUGCAAGGAAAGCUAGCUCACAAAUACUAUGAGCAAGCUGAAAUGUGUGCUCGUUAA